UUAUGUUUCAGAAGAUGCCCUGAAUUCUCUAUCAUUUAAACUUGCAAAUGUGUGUUUGGGAAGGUUAUAGCCUAAUGAAUGUCUCCUUGGAUGGAGAGCAGUUAUUGCAAGUACAACUGAAAAUAUGAUCCUUUGAAGCGCCAUGAGGCAAAUGUCUCUGCAACCCUGUUGUCCUGUUUGGGCAGACAGUAUCUAUUAACCUGACACCUGUUGGAGAGUAGCUAAGACAUCGUUUGUGCAGCCAGUUGCUUGCUUUCCUUUGCCUGAGGUCUGGGAAGCCUUGCAGUGAGUAGUAUGGGUCAUAUGGUAUGGAGGAACGUGCUCUCCUAUGGCACAGCUGCAUUCAGCUGGGUGGGCAGCACCUCACAGCCUCAUGAAGUGGGCAGCUCUGGCAGCAGUGGACUCAGGGGUCUGUUUCCUCUCAGCAAGGAGUGUUGCCUGUCUUCUUCUAAAACCCCUAAAAGUUUCCUUUUCUGAAGGUGAUUUCAGCACAAAGAGUCUCUGAACCAGGUGUUUCUUUAAGAAACACUUAUUUCAGCUGGAAUAAUAUAUAUCUAUCUGCCUGAGAUGUUCUUGAGUGGUUUUCUCCGUAGAUCAGGCAUUUUCAUAGUAAACUUCCAACCUCGGCAAAAUCUGCUCUGUUUGGGUAAGCUGCAGAGUUGCACCCCUGGGAAUGUUAAAUGAUUCCAGAUUGUUCCCUCAAAAGAUACUAUGAUGCCAUGACAAACCAGCAGAGCUCCAGCCGGGGAGUGCUUGAGAGAGGCCACAGUUUCUUGUAAGGCAACAGUCUCUUAUAACUGGUGAUAUUUGCUGUGUUUGAAUUAUGAUUUCCUUUUAGUCCUAUAUGGAAAACAAAAUGUCCUAAACAGCCAUCGGAUUGCUUAUUAUUCUUAAUAUUGUGGGCUUGGCUAUAAGCCUAAAACGUAAUGUAUCUGAUGUGUUGUCUACUAUCUGUCACUCUCUGUGGCUUGUCUGUCGCAGAGGAGCACGUUUCCUCUGGCAGUGUUUCACUUCUGAGCAUAUGAUAAUUGAGUUAAUGUCUCUUAUUCCUUCUUUCUGCUCAUUAGUGAACCUUGGGACAAGUGUCCCCUGCCAGUAUGAUUGAGGGGAUGUGUGUGUAUGCUCCUUUCAGAAUAUUAAUAGUGAUUUUCCUGAAGGUUUAAUUUUGUUUGAAGUUCCUACCACACUGCCUCCUUGCCUUGCUCUCCAGAGUGUCAUUCGUUAGCUAGGCUGUGUUAGCUCACUUGUCUGAUAGCUUAUAAAAAAUAUUGCAUUGUUCUUAUUGUGCUAGUACACUAUGAGUGCUCAUUCUGCUUCCUCUGGCACAUUCAGUUACUUGUGAUUGAUUACUAAUAAUUAUGUAGUAUGUGUGUAGUGCACCCUCCUCUGUGAUGGAGAUCAUCUGACCUUUAUCCUGUCAAAAGGAUAAAUUGCUGAGUGCCAGUAUCUUAUGGGGUUCCCAUAGCAGAUCCAUUAUUUGAUGAAUUUUCUGCUGAUGCUUUUGUGUAAUUGUUUGUAAUGUGCAAUGAUUCUAGAUUUGACGCAUGUCUCCAGUCAACUUCAGAAGAAAUUAUUUACCAAAAAAGAGCCAGAGUUAUGAAGAAGCCUCACAAAUGGAUGCCCAUACUGGUUUGGCGCUGUCUCUUCCAUAAGCCUGUAUCACUGCUAUUGUAUCACUUCAAUACCUCCCGUGCUCUCUUCCCAGAUGUAUCUUACUAUGGUACCAUGUUCCGGAGUCUGCAGAUAGUCAGAUCUAAGGCUCUGCAGUCUCCGCCUGAAGAAACUCACGGUGCUGAAAGAGCUGGACAAAGAGCUGAGCUCCGUUCUUAUUGCUGUCAAGAUUCAGGGUUCAAAGCGAGUCCUGAGAUCAAAUGAAUACGUCCUUCCUCCUGGUGGCCUGAUGGAGACCGAGCUGGAGCUUACCUUCUCACUGCAGUACCCACACUUCCUCAAGAGAGAUGGCAACAAACUGCAGAUCAUGCUGCAGCGGAGGAAGAGAUACAAGAACCGCACGAUCCUGGGCUACAAGACCCUUGCAGUGGGCAUCAUUAACAUGGCCGAGGUGAUGCAGCACCCGACAGAUGGCGGGCAGCUUCUGGGUCUCCACAGCAACAUGAAGGACACGAACAUCCGAGUGGCUGAAAUCAGCAUCUACUCUUUGUCCAGUCAGCCCAUUGACCAUGAGGAUGGGAGCGUCCCCUCAGGUCCUAAAAUCAAAGCUUCAGAUCGCUCCCCAGACAUUGAUAACUAUUCUGAAGAAGAGGAUGACAGCUUCUCCUCGGAGCAGGAAGCCAGCGAUGAUGCUGUGCAGGGUCAGGAUCUGUUUGAUGAAGAGGAUGACUUGAGGAAAACCAAGAAGGCUAGAAGGAAAAUGAUCCGAACAACAUCGAUGACCAGACAACCAAACUUCAAGCAGAAAUUCGUGGCUUUGCUGAAGAGGUUUAAAGUGACAGAGGAGGUCCUGGACUCUGACCCUGUAGACCAGACCCAGGAGGUGGAAGAAGACCUGGGCUUGCUCUAUGACAGCCUGGAAGAGUGCAACAAUAGUGACAGUGGCCCGGAGAUUGAGGACAAUGAGAGUGUGCACAGCACACCCAAGCCCACCCUAAGGCGUUUCUUUGAGGGAGUCUCUCAUUCUGGUUCCCAGACUGAGAUCGGCAGUCUGCACAGCCAGAAAGGGCAGGAUCAAGAGUCGGGCAGCCCUGGCGAGGCAGACAAGCGGAAGCCAGGAGCACUGCGACCACAGGAGGAGCCAGGAGUGGAGGUCCCUGCACUGGAGCUGGCCACAGAGGAGCCAUGUUCACGGCUGUCCCCCGGAGAUGUUGCCAUGAGGGAGGGCAGUGUGGACAAGCUGGCCCAGCUGGGCCCUGGGACCAAAGCUGAGCUCCCUGGUGCUGUGUCUCCCAGCAAGGCAGAGAGCAAGCAGUUGUGGCGUCCUCGCAGCACCUCUGUGAAGGACCGGCAGAGCUCAAAGGGACAGGGUGGCCGCGCCAGCAGCCUGGACAGCGAGAGCUCUCCAGAUUCAUGGCACAGUACCCAGGUGCCCCGAAAGUCUGUUUACGAUCAGCUGAACCAGAUCCUAGUCUCAGAUGACCAGCUCCCUGAGAGUAUCGUGCUAGUGAAUGUUGCUGAGUGGCAGGGGCAGUACGUGAGUGAGCAGCUCCAGGCGCACAAGCAGUUGGUCGUAUCCACCUGCUCCGUGGCGGACAUCCAAGCAGCCUUCAACACCACCGUCUCCCGCAUCCAGCGAUACUGUAAUUGUAACUCCCACAUGCCUCCGCCAGUGAAGAUGGUGGUGGCAGGGGAUCAGAGCUACUUGAGCAUUGUCCUCCGUUUCUUUGUGGAGCAGCUGGCCAGCAAGACACCUGACUGGCUCAACUAUCUUCGGUUCCUGCUUGUGCCACUGGGCUCUCACCCUCUGGCCAAGUACCUGGCCUCAGUGGAUAACAAAUACAGCACUCUCUUCCUGGACACAGCAUGGCGGGAGCUGUUCAGCAGGGCUGAGCCACCCAUCGCAGACACUGUGGACAUUGCAGGCCGUGUCGCCCAGUUCAUCGCUGGAGCCAGCCUCUCUCACCAGCUCCCCAUCUCUGAAGCCAUGCUGACCUACAAGCAGAAGAGCCCCGACGAGGACUCCUGCCAGAAGUUUGUACCCUUUGUGGGGGUGGUGAAGGUGGGUCUGGUGGAGCAGUCCUUCAACGCCUCUGUGGACUCGGAUGAUGCUACAGUGUGCACCCCUUCCCUGCUGAGCUCAGCACCAGCCACUGGUGGAGCAUCCCCCUAUGGCAAGGAGACUGUGAGCACCCCACCACCCUCCCCGUCUGUCAGCAGUGGCCUCUCGGGUGCUGGGUCUCUGAGCCCUGGUGUGGAGGUGAUGGGCCUGCAGGUGGACUACUGGACAACACAAGGGCUGGACAGGAAGAAGGAGGGUGAGAAGCGGGAGACGGGUAUCAAGAACACGCUCAAGAGCAACUUCCGCUCACUCCAGGUCAGCCGCAUCCCUGGCACAGGGGAGCUGGUGCCCCCUAGCACCAUGGCCAUGACAGUGGUCACCAAGGAGAAAAACAAGAAAGUGAUGUUCCUGAGCAAGAAACCAAAAGAGAAGGAUCUGGAGCCCAAAAGCCAAGUCAUCGAAGGGAUCACACGCCUCAUCUGCACAGCCAAGCACCAGAACACCAUGUUGCGAGUCUCUAUAGAUGGGGUAGAGUGGAAUGACGUGAAGUUUUUCCAGCUGGCAGCACAGUGGCCAACGCAUGUCAAGUACCUCCCUGUGGGCAUCUUUGGCUAUUCAAAGAGUGUGUGAGAAGUGGAGAGCAGCCCUGGGAUGGGAGCUGCAGAGGGUCACAGGAGCAGAUGGAGAGACAGACAUGCUCUUGUCCCCUCUCUUUUGCGGCCCAGCCCCUGCCUGCUCUGCAGAGGGAGAUAAAACACCUGCACCGCCCCUGUGUGGGCCAAGACCUGUGAAGGUGAGGCCAGUGAGACUGGGUCCAUGCACCCUCCAACACCAGCCAGGCCACCAUGCCACCUGCCUCCCCUCACCUCCAACAGCAGCCUGGGAUGAGGGCUGGCACAGCCAGCAGGGACCCAGUAAGGGCUCUAGCCCCUUCUCUCCCCAGCUCCCCAGCCAGUGGGGCCCAGCUGGGCUGGGCCCAGGCAGGUUCCAUGGUGCUGGAGCCAGCAGGAUUGCCUGGGAGACAGGGGACAGGUGCUGAGCAGAGCCCACCACCCCCAUACUGCCCCUUGCCAGCCCCACUGCCAGCCCCAUGCUACUGUGCCUGGCCCUGCCCUGUGGGGCUGAGCCUCAGCAGCUUCUCUAGUCCUGCUGCAGCCCCGCUGCAGAGGCUGGCAUUGUGCUGCUGAGCCUGUCCUCAGGCUGCUGGGGGUCAGUGUCAUCUCAUCCCUUCCUGGCCAGCCCUGCCCCAUGGUGCUGCCACGUGGAGGUGUGGCAUGGGGGCACCUGUUUUGUUUUUGUUUUUUUUUUUACAAGAUUCUAUUUUUUUUAAAUUUAUUGUACGGUUACUUUUUGGGAUUAAUUUUAAUAAAUUAAUGCUGGUACCAUUA